CUCUCCCGUCUUACCUCCAUCUACAGCUUCCCACAAACCAUCAUGUCGAGCAGGGAACCUAUGUGGUACUGUCAUGAGUGCCAUGCCGAGAUGCGCCCCCAGAUGGUGCCACAUCCUGUUUGCGCAUCCUGCAACAGCAGUUUCGUAGAAAAGAUGGACAAUCCGACCGACGAUCCUCGGGAGUUCACGAAUGAUGAGGACGAAGUCCCAGUCACAUUGCUGGAUCUACUCGCCGGCUUGGCCCCUCCGCGCUCGCCCCAAGAUGGUCCGACCACUAGGUCUAAUGACCGCACAAGAAGCUUCAACUUCAGAUCAGGAAACGGCAACAUAUCCCUAUCUUUUGGCGGUGGCAUAGGAUCGCGAGACGCUCCGCCAGUCCCCACUUUAGCGGACUUCCUCGCCGCUGCACCGGCUCCUGAACAAAGACGCGAUCGUGGCGAUGCGCCCGGUAUUGCUGGACCACUAUUCGCCCAGUAUCUUAUGGCUUUACUUGGAGGGAGAGCGGGUCCCGGACUCGGUGAUCUUGGUGGCAUGCCGGGCCAGAUGGGGGACUACGUGUACAACCAAGAAGCGCUCGACAACAUCAUCACACAACUUAUGGAGAACUCUAAUGCCCAUCGCCCCGUCCCGGCCUCGGAGGAAAUCAUGGACAAGCUUCCACGCGAGGUCUUGGAGGAUGGUUCGCCGUUGCUGGAUAAGGAUUGCGCUGUGUGCAAGGAUCAGUUCACCACAAAUGUUGAAGAAUGCGAAGACCAGAUUGUGGUCACCUUGCCGUGCAAACAUGCCUUCCAUGAGCAAUGCAUAAUCCCCUGGCUCAAGUCCAGCGGUACCUGUCCUGUAUGCAGAUACCAAUUAGUGCCGCAACCCGAACAGCACGGUCCAGGAUCGCCCCCGCCUAGUGGCAGUGGAAGUCCGCCGCAGGGGCAAGGGGGCGGCUGGCGCAAUUUGGUCUCCUCGCUCAUCGGUGGUCAACAGACACCUCAGGCCUCAGGGUCUGGUUCGUCCAGUGGUCAGUCGCAAGCUCGCGAUAACGCACAAGAUUGCGAACCUCGACCUCCCGGCGCUUGGGACUGAUCGACUCCUUCUCGUUGGCAUCCUUCAUACGUGUUCGCUGGACUUGGAUUCACGUGUAACGGCAUGUAACCAUAGACAUCGUCUCCUCGCUAUCGUUGUUGGAAUCGGUAAGAAUACGAUCCAUAUAAUCGCUGCCAUGGACAUUACACCUGUCCUGAGUCGGUGGUGACCAUGACAGGUGCAUUGAUCCUUUGUUCGAUUCUGG